AUGUUUUUAGACGAACUUCUGCCUCUGAUCCCGCGCGUGCUCGCGGCGGCGCUGGUCGGUUAUCUCCUCGGCAGCAUUCCCUUCGCCUACCUGGUGGCCCGCCUCAAGGGCGUGGACAUCUUCGCCACCGGGAGCCGUCGUGCCGGCACCGCCAACGUGUUCUGGCAGGUGGGUCGCCGCCGCGGGAUGCUGGUAUUCGCGUGCGACGUGAUUAAGGGAGCAGUGGCGGUGGUCGUCGCCUGGAUGCUCGGCGUGCCCGAGUUGGCUGCGAUCGUCGCCGGAGCGGCCGCCAUUGCCGGUCACUGGAAGAGCAUAUUCACCGGCUUCAAGGGCGGAGACGGCAUGGUCGUGCUGGUCGGCGUUUCCCUGGCCUACCUCAGCUGGUACAUCCUGCUGGGCAUCGCCGUCGGUAUCGUCACCGUGCUGCUCUUCCGCCGUUCAGUGUUCCGUUCGUCCAUCGGCAUAUUCAUGGGGUUUGGGGUCAUGUUGGCCCUGAACACCCUGCACGGGCAGAGCUGGUCCGUCAUGUUCGGGUUGACCGCACUGGCCAUGGUGGUCAUCACCCACAACAUCCUGACCCAUGCCGACCACCGUCCCGACAAGGUCGCCGCCAUCGAUCCCGACAUCCUCAUUGAAGACCGGCCCGAAAUUCUUGGCGAAGCCGCCCGCCUGAGCGAAGAGGCAAUCCUCCUCGACGUCCUCCCGCCCGACGACGAGAGCGAGACCCAGCGCCCGACUUGA